CGGGGCGGGGCGUUGCCAUGGGAGCGGCAGAGUGAGUGACGGGCGAGGCGGAAGCGGCCGGGCGGCCAUGGGGGGCUCAGCCAGCCUGCUCCCCCGGGAGGCGCUGGGCGAGUACCAGGAGCUGACGUUCCUGACCAAGCAGGAGAUCCUGCUUGCCUACAAGAGGUUCAGUGAACUGCUGCCAAAGGAGGAGAGGGAGAAUGCCUGCUCCGCGCGGGUUCCCAAGAGCCAGAUCCUGACGUUGCCUGAGCUGCGGGCAAACCCCUUCCAGCACCGGAUCUGCCAGGUGUUCUCCACCUCAGGGAAUGGGGAUGACAGCAUGUCCUUUGAAGACUUCCUUGAUAUGCUGAGCGUCUUCAGCGACUCCGCUACCUUGGACAUCAAAUCCCACUACGCCUUCCGCAUCUUUGACUUUGACGAGGAUGGGACCCUGGACAGAAGUGACCUGGAGAAGCUGGUGGACUGUCUGACGGGAAAAGGCGAGGAGUCCCGGCUGAGCAAUGCGGAGAUGGAGCAGCUCAUCCAAAAUAUCCUGGAGGAGUCCGACAUCGACAAGGACGGCACCAUCAACCUCUCCGAGUUCCAGCACGUCAUCUCCCGCUCUCCAGACUUUGUCAGCUCCUUCAAGAUCGUCCUGUGAGAGCCCCGCGGCUCUCCAGAACUGCUCCCCCGGCUACAGCAGCUCCCUGUGGUCUCAGAUGUUCACCUCUUUCAGCAGCAGAGUGGCUGAGGCCCCUGAUCCUCAUCAGCCUGGUGGUGCCACACAGUGCCUUAGGCAGGACCCCCUCCUGCUCCCCAUUCCCCCCGAGUGGGGCCUGGGAAAGCUGCCUCACCAGCAGCCCCAGCCAUGUCUGCCCUCCCAGGGUGGGAUUUUAACUCCUGAUGCAAACCAAGAGCAGCUCUGGGGGCAGAGGGGGCCACCCUGCACCACAGACAGCCCCCCUCUGCCCUCACUACCAAUUGGUGCCUUCACUGGUGGGCAGGGAGCUACCUCCCCCCACCAAGCCCCUGCCUGGCUCUCCCGUCUUCCCGGGGGCCUCCCUGCUGCAACAUGGGUCCCUUUCUCAAAGCAAUAAUCCAAACAAGGUCCAUUUCUCAAAGCAAUACCCCAAAUGUGGGUCCAUUUCUCAGAGAAAUACCCCAAAACGUGGGUCUGUUUCUCAAAGCAAUAAUCCAAAGGAAGGUCCCUUUCUCAAAGCAAUAACUCAAACGGUGGAUCUGCUUCCCAAAGCGAUACCCCAAACGAGGGUCUGUUUCUUAAACCAAUACCCCAAAUACGGAGCUGUUUCUUGAAGCAAUAAUUCAAACGUGCAUCUGUUUCCCAAAGCAGUACCCCAGGUGGCACCACAGAUGUGCCACCCCCGCAGCAGAGCUGUCCCCCCAUGGCUGUGGAGGAUGCAGGACAUCUUCUAUUGAGGCAUCGCAGCCGGCUGACCCCACGCUGCCUCGGCACGGACCCCCCUGGGGGCUGCUCUCCUUUUCCUCCUCCUCCUCUCCUCUCUGCCCCUGCUCUGGCUCUGGCCUCUUCCUUCCCCUGCUCCUGCGAGGACACAAAUAAAGGGCUCUGGUUUCACCCUC